UGUCAGUGGGUUGAGUUGAGAGGUGAGGCAACUUGGCGGCGGAAGCUAGGUCAAGCAGCAACAAGCACCACUUCAGAACUCCCAUCUUUCAACCUCGACAACACGAUCCCGAAACUCUAACAACGACCAUUUUCACCCACACACAAACCCCGCGAGGUCUGUCAAAUUACAAAAUCGGAAAACCGCUACCCGACGUGGAUUGUCCAGGCGGACCACCGAUUCCGCCAAUCUUGCUGGGAGCAUUGUUGAGCCCUUCACCCAUCUGGCCCGCGCGCAUCUCUUCAAAUACCAUCACACAACCAUGGCGCCCGAUGCCGAUAGCUCCAAGGCUGCCGACAAGGGCAAAGCUAUUGAGACGCCCGAUGACGUGAAGAAGGACAAGGAUGGAAAGACGGUAGUGAAUGGCAAGGACGAAGACAAGAUCAACUCCGCCGAGGAGUUGAGUGAAGAGGAUCAGCAACUCAAAAAUGAGCUCGACAUGCUCGUUGAGAGGCUCACGGAAUCCGAUGCAUCUCUGUACAAGCCAGCCCUCGAGGCAAUGAAGAACUUCAUCAAGACGUCGACAUCUUCCAUGACGGCUGUGCCAAAACCGUUGAAGUUUCUCCGACCUCACUAUGAGACAAUGACGAAACUAUACGAAGCAUGGCCCACCGGCGACAACAAGGUGUCUCUGGCAGAUGUGCUUUCGGUCAUAGGCAUGACCUUCUCCGACGAGGACCGCCAGGACACCCUCAAGUACCGACUUUUGGCCCCUUCACAAGACAUCAGCUCCUGGGGACAUGAGUACACCCGUCACCUAGCUUUGGAGAUCGGCGAGGUCUAUGCCAAGAGGAUAGCAGCAGAGGAGUCAACCAAGGACCUUGUCGACCUCGCCCUGGUCUUGGUACCUCUAUUCCUGAAGAGCAAUGCUGAAGCCGACGCUGUUGAUCUCAUGAGCGAGCUCGAGAUCAUCGAGCAGCUUCCCAAGUUUGUCGACGAAAACACGUACGCGCGCGUCUGCCUGUACGUGGUUUCAAUGGUAAACCUUCUUACAUACCCAGAGAACGAGCAAUUUUUACGAGUUGCGCACGAUAUCUACAAGCAGUACAAGCAACACACACAGGCAAUGGUUCUUGCAAUCAGGCUGAACGACUCGGAUAUGAUCUACAACGAGUUUGAGAAGAUUGAGGACCCCGCCCUCAAGAAGCAGUUGGCCUUUUUGAUUGCACGGCAAAAGAUCCUUCUCCCCGACCCGGACACGGAGGACCAGGAACUGACCGAGUGUUUGGGCAACAUUCGGCUCUCGGAGCACUUCAAGUCACUGGGCAAGGAACUCAACAUCCUGGACCCCAAGACUACCGAAGAUAUUUACAAGAGCCAUCUUGAGAGUAGUCGUGUGGCUGGAAUGACUAACCUGGACUCAGCCCGCCACAACUUGGCUGCAGCUUUUGUGAACGCAUUUGUCAACGCAGGGUUCGGCAACGACAAGAUGAUGCUGGUCGAUGACAAGGAGAGCUGGGUUUGGAAGACCAAGGACGAAGGCAUGAUGUCGACGGUCGCAUCCAUGGGCACGCUACUUCUGUGGGAUGUGGAGGCUGGAUUGGACAAGGUCGACAAGUACACAUACGCCGAUGAGGAGCAGAUCCAAGCCGGUGCCCUCCUUGCCAUUGGAAUCAUGAACUCGGGAGUGCGGCUGGAUUCUGAGCCUGCCAUGGCUUUGCUGUGCGACCCAGACAAACUUCAUCACAAGAACCCUCUCAUUAGAAUCGCAGCAAUCAUGGGCUUGGGAUUAUCAUAUGCCGGCUCUAACAAGCUUGAGCUGUUGGUUGAGCUCGUACCCAUGAUUACGGAUUCUUCAUUAGAUAUGCAGAUCUCGGCUAUGGCAGCACUCUCGUGCGGUCUGAUAUUUGUUGGCACAUCCAACGACGAGGUCAGCGAGGCCAUUGUCAACACUCUGCUUGACGAGGACAGGAGAUCUCAGUUGACCGACAAGUGGACAAGGUUUCUUGCGCUUGGUCUCGGUCUUCUUUUCUUUGGCCAGCAGGAAGAGGUGGACGUCAUUCUGGAGACUUUGAAAGCCGUCGACCACCCCGUGGGCAAGCCCAUCGCAGUCCUCGCCGAGAUCUGCGCUUGGGCCGGCACCGGGGCUGUCCUCAAGAUUCAGGAGCUCCUGCAUAUCUGCAACGAGCAUCUUGAGGAGUCGGAGGAAAAGAAGGGUGAUGAGCUGCUUCAGGCCUAUGCUGUGCUUGGUAUUGGCUUGAUUGCUAUGGGUGAGGAUGUUGGUCAGGAGAUGGUGUUGCGCCACUUUGGUCACCUGAUGCACUAUGGCGAGGCCAACAUCAGGCGCGCGGUACCUCUGGCUAUGGGUCUUGUCAGCCCGAGCAACCCCCAAAUGAAGGUUUACGAUACAUUGUCGAGGUACUCUCACGACAAUGACAACGAAGUGGCCAUCAACGCUAUCUUCGCCAUGGGUCUCUUGGGCGCUGGAACAAACAACGCACGUCUGGCUCAGCUGCUGAGGCAACUUGCAAGCUACUACCACCGCGACCAGGACUCUUUGUUCAUGGUCAGGAUUGCUCAAGGCCUGCUGCACAUGGGCAAGGGUACCAUGUCAAUUAGCCCUUUCCACACGGACCGUCAAAUCCUCUCGAGGGUAUCGGCCGCCGGUCUACUUGCCGUCUUGGUGACCAUGCUCGAUGCCAAAAGCUUCAUCACCUCGAACUCGCACUAUCUGCUCUACUUCUUGGUCACGGCCAUGCACCCGCGCUUCUUGGUUACUCUCGACGAGGAUCUGAAGCCCCUGACUGUCAACGUCAGAGUCGGUCAGGCUGUCGAUGUUGUCGGCCAGGCCGGUAGGCCCAAGACUAUCACCGGAUGGCAGACUCAAAGCACGCCGGUGCUUUUGGCUUACGGGGAGCGAGCCGAGCUGGAGGAUGAGGAGUACAUCAGCCUCAGCAGCACUCUAGAGGGACUCGUAAUUUUGAAAAAGAAUCCUGACUGGGAGAGUGGCAAUUAGAGCACUCAACUUUUAACAAGCAUGACUCAAAGAUUUACGGGCAUGGGAAUGGGCCAGGAUGGGGCGGGUUGUUGAUUGGCAACAGGGCCACAACCGAAUCGACAUGGCACUAGGUCUACCCAGAUGACACUGUACAAUAAUAAGUUUUGCUCCCCGAGGUGGCGGAUAGAUCGCCAGUAUCCCGGGGGUUUUAUUCAUCACUUUGAGAUAGACAAAGUUGGUUCUUUUUUUUUUUCUCCCCUUACCCUGUCCUGUUCUGCACUUGAGCAAUUUGCCAAAGAAAAAAAGUUCUAGCUACAUGACAAAGUCUCCAAGAUUUUUGGCAACUGGUGAAGAUCAAGAUAAAGUAGCAAAAAAAAAGAAAUAAUAUGUAAACUUCGUGACAUUAUCAUUAUGUUGGAUUUUCCCUUGCAAGGUAGUUCAGCACCUCUCAAAUACUCUGUAUAGACCUUUCAGGUUGGCCACCUCCAAGACCCCAGACUUCAUGAGCGUAUUGGUGGCUACCAGUCGAGCCUUGAAGGCUGGAAAGAUGAUGUGCUCAACAGCCCAUCGUACCUCUCGUCUCCUGGUCUCUAAUGUCUGAUCAACUGCUUCCGUUCCGGGAACUUCUGACCCUUCAUCCGGCGAGGUGUCAGCGUCGGACUGGUUGCUGCUGCUGCUCGCGUCGCCUCCAUCGGCUCGUUUGUCUUGUGUGGAAGCAGAUGGAGGUAACUGCUCUGGUACGUAAAAAGAGGCCAGCUCCCGCAGUAUCGACUCGAAACACGCCUUUUCGUCGGUCCAGUCGACAUUGUGUGGUCCCAGACGGAAGAGAAACUGCGGCAACUUGACGAUAGGUGGCGUGUAGCCCUUGACAAGCAGUGGAAUGCUGACCAGUUCACCAGUGGGAGUGACCUCGAGGCUGAAGUACUCCAAGAGCAUGGCGCCGAACUUGGUUAGCUGAUUGGUUAUCUUCUCCACAACCUCGUCAACAUUAACCAUAGUUUCAUCGCUGCUCUCCUUGCGUUGGCUAAUCUCACGCUCAGCCGCGACGCGAAUCAGCUCCCGCAUAUCCAGAGGCGGGGAGAAGCAAAUGGCACCCAUGUUUCCAAAGUCGGUGAGGCCUAGCUGGUAAAAAUAUUCAAAGCUGGCGCGCCCAUAGUCUACGAGAUACAGCUUCACACCGCCUUGGAUGGCGGCGAGGCGCCUCCGCUCAUCUACUAUGCCGACGAACGUGUGAUUAGCAAACACGUCAGUCAGGCCGUGGUGCAUAUCUUCGCGCACGGCAGAUCUGAGCUCUUUGACAGAAGCCAGUUUGAUAGGAACCACGUCACGCUCGACAGUCUCGUAUUCGAUGGCUUCCGGUGCGGCGAGCGAGGCAGCCGCUGCCUGGGUUGUGCCGGCAUGUGUGACAACGGUGGGUGCUACAGCCGAGCGGGAUGAACCGGCGACUGGGGCAAACAUGCUGGUUAUCUUGCGAGCGUUGGUAUCUGUACGCACAAGGUUGUUCUCGUAUGGGCGAGCAGGUGUCUGGGUUUUCUUUGCUGUGGAAGACGCCGUGGCUGCUCUCGAAUCCCUGCGAGGAUUGGUCGGUGUGGUUGAGCCUGCACUCCCAACGUCCUGUGCAGGGAGUAGCGUUUGGGUCCUAAAAGUGCGGCUGGUAUCGACGGCGGCGAGUCUGGUGCGUAUACUUUCGCAAAUUGCCUGAAUUAUCUCAUCCUCGUUGAGAAAGUUGACUUCCCGCUUGGUAGGGUGCACAUUUACAUCGACACGUUGAGGGUCAAUCUCCAGACUCAGGUAGAGGAAAGGGUGUCCGUUCUUGGGCAAAAAUGAGGCAUAAGUCUGCUCUACCGACUUCUUGACGUUGGUGGAUUCGACGCAGCGAUUGUUUAUGAAAAGCAGCAGCGUCGUCUUUUUGACGCUGUAGUUGGCAUUGGUGCACCAACCGUUCGCUUUGAAACCCCAGCGAGUGUCUGAUGUACUGAAGUCGAUGAGUUCGUUGGCAACACUGCUGCCGUAUAUCUGCCGGAUCCGAUCUGAAACGGUAGCGCCGGCUUGAACGGCAAUGCUUGUGGUCGACUCGCCAUGCUUUUUACAGGAAAAGGCCACACCCUUGCAGUGAACGGCGUAGCGACCGACCAUGUCAAUGAUCUUGUUGUACUCAUCCGAGAAGGACCUGAAGGCGCGGCGACGACUGGGGACGUUGUAGAAGAGGUCCUCGACAGUGAUCUGGGUGCCUUGCCUGCCUGCGACAGGCUUGGGGUCCGCAAGCUGGCCAGGCUUAGUAGGAGCAAGCUUGCCACCCUCAUAAUAAGCCCGCCACGCACAGCUGGAAUCAUUGGUCUUGGUGGUCACUGUAAGAUGAGCGAUGUAGCUGAUGCUGGCCAGCGCCUCACCCCUGAAUCCGUAGGUUGCAAUUGAGGAUAGAUCCUCAAAGGUCUGAAGCUUGGAGGUGGUGAAGCGCUCACACAGGAUUGGCAGGUCCUCCUUUUCUAUGCCGCAGCCAUUGUCGGUGAUCUGCAGCAUUUUGAGACCGCCAUCCCGGCAAAGGACCUCGAGCGAAGUAGAGCCAGCAUCAACCGCAUUCUCUAUCAGCUCUUUGAGAGCAUGUACCGGGGCGACGAUGAUCUCUCCGGCGGCGAUCUUGUUGACCACAUCCUGGCUAAGGGCCUUGAUUCGCCUGGAUGCAUUUUCUUGGUGGCUCAAGUCGUCGGCCUUUCUCUUGGUUCCUCUAGAGGCAUCAUCCAAUUCCAUCGCACAAUCCGCCAUGGCUGCCGCUCACGUUUACCAUCAGUUGUGCAUGUAUAAAAACCGUGCGUGCAGACGCGGGCAAUUAAUUGGGCACUCGUAUGACGCCAAAGUUGAAGGAAGCCAAACCAGA